AUGGGUUCUGAGCUGGAGACGGCGAUGGAGACCCUCAUCAACGUGUUCCACGCCCACUCGGGCAAGGAGGGGGACAAGUACAAGCUGAACAAGAAGGAGCUGAAAGAGCUGCUGCAGACCGAACUCUCUGGCUUCCUGGACGCCCAGAAGGAUGCGGAGGCUGUGGACAAGGUGAUGAAGGAGCUGGAUGAGAACGGAGAUGGGGAGGUGGACUUCCAGGAGUAUGUGGUGCUGGUGGCUGCCCUCACGGUGGCCUGUAACAACUUCUUCUGGGAGAACAGUUGA